AUGGAAGUAAAUGGAGGAGACCUUGACUUAAGGUGUACUUUGUUAGCUCGUGUUGGUGGUAAGCUAGUCAGAGGGGCCCACGGGGAAUACAAGGAUGGGGUUACUACUGAAAUCAAGGUAGACCUAGAUUCCUACACCUUUUACGAAUUCAUGGAUGUAAUUAGGAAGAUAGGAUAUACAGUUCAAAAAGAUAACAUUAGUGUGUAUUAUACACUUCCUCCUGACAUCAACAAUGGGUUAGUUGCAUUGAGAAAUCAUGAUGAUAUGGUUAACAUGUUUACAGCACAUUUGUUGAAUGGUAUCAAGUAUUUCUGUAUUGAUAUUUAUGUUGACUGUCCUAACGUGUAUGAUUUAGAGGAUGAGGAGUUCAUAGGUGUAGGCCAGGGUUGUAUAACUGAGUUGAGAGGUGACCAAAAAGUAGGAGAAGGAGAAGGAGAAGGAUAUGGAGGUGGUCAUCAAUAUGGAGAAGUAGGAGUAGGAGAAGGAAAGGGAGGUGGUGAUCAAGAUGGAGAAGUAAGAGUUGGAGUUGAAGGUGUGGAUGCAAAUAAAAGUGGUGAAAUGGAUGAUGAUGAUGAUAGCUCAGACAGUGAGUGGUUGCCCAAUGAUGAUAGCUCUACUUCCACUGCCUCUUUUAGUGGGGUAGAGGAGUCUUCUGAUGAGGAACAAGAGGAGAGUAUUCCCUUGGUAGGUUUAGGGAAAAGCUUACUUAGGAGUUUAGGUGAACAAGAAAAUGAUGGUAGUUUUGAUAGUGAUGAUGACAACAUUGCACCUGAGGUAGAUGAAAAUAGGAGGCCUAUUUUUCCUGAGUUCAAAGAGAGUUACAUGAACAAACCUCAGUUAAUAGAAGGGAUGUAAUUUCCUAAUAUGGUAGCUUUUAGGAAAUUAUUGAGGGAAUACCACAUAAAGGAGGGCUAUGAGUUCAAAUUUUUAAAGAAUGAGUCUAGGAGAGUGACUGUAAAGUGUGCACAUGAUUGUGGCUUUAGACUUCAUGCCUCUCUCUAUGUAUGAAGAGAGAUCCUUCCAAAUUAAGAAGAUAGAUCAACAACAUUCAUGUACCUGGACAUACACUAAUAACAAUGCAACCUCAUCUUGGCUUUCCUAGAGGUACUUAGCCAAAUUUAGUGAUGCCCCUGAGACUAAGGUCAGGUCAAUGAAGAAAACUAUUAGGAGGGAAUGGUUGUUGAAUGUUUCAGAGAACAAAGUGUACAGGGCAAAUAGAAAGGCACUUGAACUAAUAAAGGGAGAUCAUAGAGGCCAGUAUGCCAGGUUGUGGGAUUAUUGUGAGAUGGUUAGAAUACAAAAUCCAAGUAGUACUGCUAAGAUGAAGGUGGAUACAGAAUCAUUGCCAGAGGGAGGACCAGUGUUUGAGAGGAUUUUCAUAAGUUAUGAUGGACAACUGAGGGGAUUUCUAUUAGGCUGCAGACCAAUAAUUGGGUUAGAUGCCUAUUCUCUGAAGGGUCCCUUUGGAGGUCAUUUGAUGCAUGCAGUUGCAAGAGAUGCCAACAAUCAGAUGUUUCCUUUGGCAUUUGCUGUUGUGGAGUCUGAAACAAAGGCUAGCUAGACUUGGUUUAUGGGGUUGCUAGUAAAUAUGAUAGGAGAUCCAGAGGAAAGAGGAUGGUGCUUUGUCUCUGACAGGCAGAAGGGCUUGACACAAACAUUUGCAGAGUUGUACCCUAAUGUUGAACAUAGGUACUGCAUUAGGCACAUGUACUCAAAUUUCUCAAAAGUGUACCAAGGUAAAGAAUGGAAAGACCUAAUGUGGAAAGCAACAUCAGUGUACACA